CACUCUCCGCGCACAUGUGAAACUGUGGUUAUGUGCAGAUUAGGUGCUGUAAAAAUUCCUUAAAAAUUUAAAUAACUUGCUAGUUUCACAAGACAAGAAUGGCCAAUAAUAAGUUUAAAGUGCAGAGUAAAAAGGUUUCAGAAUUCAAAGUGCAAAAUUCGUCGGCUAAGCAGCAUACACAAAAGAAAAAGAAAAUUGUUUUCACCGAUGACGGUGAGCAACGGGAGGUUCCGGUGGACACAACGGUUCCAGCAAACGAACCAGAUCAAGAGCAAAAAAAUAACCGGAAAAAGAAGGGCGAUAAGCGGUCACCGAAACUUCCACGGGACAAUGCGGAUACGCUUGAGAAGCGCUGGUAUGAGCAUUUUGACGGAUAUAAUACAGUCGGCGAGCUAGUUGAGCUGAAGGAUGCGGAAAUUGCCGAGCUGCGGAAGCUUUGCCGAACGGCGUUCGAGGCGGAAUGUCGUAAUCUGAUGAAGCAGAAUCCACAGGAUGCAAAGUGGUUGAUGACGGCUCUGGAAAAGGGAACCUCGCGAGAUCGGGCCAACGCGGGAGCGUUACUGGUUCAGACGAACCCGCUGUGUAACUUGCCGGCACUGGAAACGUUAGUCGGAAUGGUGAAGUUGUCCAAUAAAGGUCAUCUAGAUGUAAUUGAAGUGUUGAGCGAACUGCUGCUUAAUUCGAUUAUGCCUUCGUUUAGGAAGUUGAUUUCUCUUCCGCUUCGAGGAGCAGACUGGAAGAACAUUAAAAAGUUGGACAUUGACAAGGCUUUACGGGAUCGUAUUUUCGCGUACUGGCACUUCGAGGAUGCCCUGAGAGAUGUUUAUUUCGCGUUUCUGAACAACCUUUCGGCAUUGAUUCAGACGGGUCAGGAUAACAGCAAAAUGAAGGUGAUUCAGUUCGCUUCUAAGUUGUUUACGAUGAUACCGGAAAAGGAGGCGUACCUUCUGUCGAUGUUGGUCAACAAGUUAGGUGACCCGGGAAAAAAGGUUGCGGUCAAGGCCUUGUACCAUUUGACCGAAGUGGUGAAACAACACUCGGCUAUGUGUCCGGUGAUUGUAACGGAAACGGAAAAACUGCUGUUUCGAAAUAAUAUUUCACCAAGCGCUCAACACUAUGGUCUAAGUUUUCUAGCUGCGAUCAGCAAUUAUGGGGAUUUCAGUUCCUGUGACAAGAUGAUAAACAUUUGCUUCUCGUUCUUCAAAAUACUAACGGAGAAGGGCGAGGUUAACUCGAGAACAAUGCAGUCCAUUUUGGCAUGUCUUCGAAAGGCUAUUGGGAACAUCAAACGUGACGUGGACGUUGCCAAUUUUGUGAAGCCCGAAGUUUUGAACACGGUUUAUCGACUGAUUCACUUGGCGGACAUUUCCAUUGCAUGUCAGGGACUCUCGCUACUGCUGGAGAUAACUGAAUCGAGAGGACCGGAACAGAAUCGAUUCUACAAUGCGCUUUAUAGAAAACUGUUGGAUCCUCGGUUGGCCACAAUCGGACCCCGAAUAUCCAACAUCGUUUUCUAUAUUCUGCAUAGAGCCAUUCAGAAUGAUCCCAUCCCGGAGCGAGCGCAGGCUUUUAUCAAACGACUGCUUCAGGUUGCCUUUUACUUUCCACCCGCGCGGGUUUGUGGAGUUCUUAUCAUCAUCAAUAAGGUUCUGCGAAAGCGCAAACAUCUACACAAGGACGGUUGUGAUCUGCCGUCCGGAAAGGAAAAGGUACAGGAAGACGAAACCGGUGUAGAAGAACACAAAGUCAAGACGGAAAGUAACCGCGAAGUCACUCAGUAUGACUCGUUCCACAGAGCUCCUGAGUAUGCCGGUGCAAAGUUCACCGUCAAGUAUGAGCUUGCCCGAUUCUUGGAAUACUUUCAUCCGACGGUUAGAAGUUUUGCACAAAGCAUUAUCGAUAAUUCUGCCCUAACCUACUACGGUGACCCACUGAGAGACUUUUCGCUUGGACAUUUUUUGGACCGGUUCGCAUUCAAGAAUCCGAAGAAACCAAAAACCGAGACGAAUGCGGAUGGGGAAGAGACGGCUCGGAAAAGGAUAUUGGGAGUAGCCCAGCGAAAGGGUGACUAUGUGCCAAGUGGUUCGCGCGGACUACCCGUGCAGUCCCUGACUAGCGAUCAUUGCACCGAGGACGAGCGUUAUAUUUUCUAUUUUCUUGAGCAAAAACGGGAAAAAAUUCGGGCCGCCAAAGAGCUUGCUGAGGCGAAGAAAGCGGCGUCUGGAAUUGUGGCGGAUGAUGAUGUUUCGGACGCGGAAUCGCUGGAUGAUGACGAGUUUGAUUCGUACCUGGAUCGUUUAGGUGUGGCGGGCGGUGCCGAUAGCGCUGCUGAUGUGGACCAGGAGGUGGACUUUAUGAAUGAAUUCGAGCAGGAUUUAACCAAGAAAGCGGGGAAGAAAAGUCGCAAAAAUACUGCUAAUGAGGAUGAUGACGAUGAAGAAUUUGGUGAUUGGGAUGAUGCUGGGGAUGUUGACGAUGAGGAUGAGGAUGAUGAUGACGGCGACUUUGAUGAAGAUGAGUUCAGCGACGAUGGUAGCAUUUCGCUAGACGAGGGUGGAAGCGAUGAAGAAGAGUUGAAUAGCGAAGACGAUGAAGAGCCACCGGUCAAAUCAAAAGAAAAGAAACGAAAACUCGACACCAGUAUGAAUGACAAAGAGUUCCAAAAGAAAUUGAAAACGAAUGAUUUCAACUCGCUGUUCGCCGCGGCUGAUGAUUUCUCGGAUAUGUUGGAGAAAAACGUCAACUCAAAGGAUAAGUCUCACGGGACGUUGGGAGAAAUCUUCAACAAGGAUAAUGCCUCCAUGAAACAGAUGGCUUGGGAGCAGUCGCGUUUUAGUGGGAAGAAUCGAAUGCAGAGUGGAAAGACGCGUUUUAUUAGCAAGAAGCACGGAUCAUCCAGUGGUGGAGUAGAUAAGAAGUUUACCAAAGGUGCUGGCAAAGGGAACAAGAAGAAACCAUUCGCUAAAUCUCUUAAUGGUCGUAGUAAGGUUGGUGGUAAACGGAAGAAAUAAAUUUAGCUUUCCAUGCUUAACGAA